GGUAAAGAGUCACUUGAUGUAUGCGGUAAGGGAGGAAGUGGAGGUUCUCAAAGAGCAAAUCAAAGAGCUGAUAGAGAAGAACUCCCAGCUGGAGCAAGAAAACACGCUGCUAAAAACACUCGCCAGCCCGGAGCAGCUUGCCCAGUUCCAGGCACAGCUGCAGACUGGUUCCCCGCCUUCCUCUUCCCAGUCACAAGGGACAACACAGCAGCCUGCUCAGCCGGCAUCACAGGGGUCAGGGCCUUCAGCGUAGUUCAAGAUGUCGUUGCCAUCGUGAUCGCUGGCCUCUGGACUGCCCAGAGCAAGAAGGACUAGCGGGAAUCCGCCACAGCCACCCUUCAUCCAUUUCAAUGCACAUUGCAACCCAGACUGAGGACUCCAUGCUCUGCACACAUCAGGAGAGGCUUUUCUCCCCCUGUAUUACGCACUCAUCUGUCUCUCUCUUCCCUCCCUUCCCCUUUGGCUUGAAGGAGUCUUUGUUCUUAAGUUGAUUGAAUAAAAUAAACUUCUUCCAGGGAAUUAGCACAAGUACACUGGAGACUUGAGCAGCUUCUGCAAACAGCUGAGAAACGAAGCUGCAUGCCUGAUUUUGUUUUUGGUUUGUUUUUAAAUCUUCCACUCAUCCAGUGAUAUAACUGAUACAAGUGCUUUUCGAGCUUGGAAAUGUGAAGAAAUAGACUGGAGUAAAAAGUGAUGGCUCAAUCCCCCAUAGUGCACUGGGGUUCCAAAGUGAGGACUGGUGCAUAGGAUCUAAGAGGAAGAGGGAGGAAGGUAAAUUCAGUGUUUAACACUUAAUUGUCACCUGAAACCUUAAGUGCAAAUAUUUGCACCGUUUUCUGAAGCAGUGGACAGGUGCAUAAAACUGUAUUAUAUAUAGAAAGCAGGUAGGUGACGUACAGUUGGGUCAUAGGAUAAUUACAAUGAAGGUUAUUUGCCUACUGUAUAUUUGUGUAUUUAGUGUAAUUACUUUGUAAAAUAGAAAACUGUAACUAUUUAGGUUGUACAGAUUGAAGUUUAGUUGUUUCAUUGGCUGAUCUGAAAAAGUUUGGAAAGUUGUUUUUUUUUUAAUGCUACAUACAUAAGAAUGCACCUACGCAACUGUUCAGAAUUUGGCAGAUUUAUGCUGUUUGUGUAACUUCUGAAGUUCCCUGGCUGCUGAUUAUCUUGAAGUAAAUCUUUGUUCAUUGUAGUUUGGUUCAAGACAGGAAAAACCACUCCAAAAAUUAUCAAACCCUGCUAGCAAAGAAUUUAAAAAGAAAAAAAAAAAUUGGAUAUCCCAGUAUGGAUUUUUUGCAUAUGAUCUGUAUAGUAGUAUGCAUAUGUUUUUGUGCAUGUUCUCUAAACAGUUGUAACACGUCAAUGUAUUUAACUGUUGCACUUGUCAACUUUCAAUAAAGCAUACAAUGUUGAUAAA